GAUGUCAUCAAGCUGAGGCAAAAGUCGCUCCUUAGAUAUCCUUUAUUGAAGCAACUGCAAUGCACUACUGGGAGCUAGCUGAGCACAUAAGACACGGCCAGAGCACUGAGAGAUAUCAGGUAUUGAUGUAACUGGAGUGAAUAAGGGAACCUUCUUCCUGAGCAGAGACAUUGGAGCCUGUUAUCAGCAUGAACUCAUAUGUGUUAGACAAACACGUGAAUGGUUCAUAUCCAUCCUUCACUACAGGAAGCAUCAGAAUUAUACCGCAAACUCCAAUACUCUUAGACACUAACGACUAUUCACAAACAUUGGGUAUAUCACAGCAGAUGUUUAAAGGAGAUGAUGAAUUUGCUGGAACUGGGCAGCAAUCAUUAUGUACAGAGAGUAAUUUAGUCAUCAAACAAGAGGACAACAUUUCUGACUUAUCUAGUGAAAUUAUUAUCCCUGAGGAUAAACCACACAUAUUUACUGAGCUUUCAAAACAUAUUAAAGAUAGGAAAAGUCUACAGUCUAGCCAAAUGAUUCAUACAAAGGAGAAACCUUUUAAAUCUACAGAACACCACAAAAUUCACACAGGUGAGAAGCCACACACAUGUACUGAGUGCAGCAAAUGUUUUACACAAAUUAGUAAUCUGAAAACUCAUAAAAAGAUUCACACAGGAGAAAAGCCUUUCACAUGUACAGAGUGUGGAAAAAGUUUUACACUAAUGGGUAAUCUGAAAACUCAUGAAAGGAGUCACACAGGGGUAAAGCCUUUCACAUGUACAGAGUGUGGAAAAAGUUUUACACAAAAGAGUAAACUGAAAACUCAUGAAAGGAUUCACACAGGGGUAAAGCCUUUCACAUGUACAGAGUGUGGAAAAAGUUUUACACUAAUGGGUAAUCUGAAAAAGCAUGAAAGGAGACACACAGGGGUAAAGCCUUUUACGUGUACAGAGUGUGGAGCAAGUUUUACACAAAAGAGUGUUCUGAAAACUCAUGAAAGGAUUCACACAGGGGUAAAGCCUUUCACAUGUACAGAAUGUGGAACAAGUUUUUCACGAAUGGAUGGUCUGAAAAAUCAUGAAAAGACUCACACAGGAGAAAAGCCUUUCACAUGUACAGAGUGUGGAAUAAGUUUUAUAAAAAAGAGUAAACUGAAAAUUCAUGAAAGGAUUCACACAGGGGUAAAGCCUUUCACAUGUACAGAAUGUGGAACAAGUUUUUCACGAAUGGAUGGUCUGAAAAGUCAUGAAAGGAUUCACACAGGAGAAAAACCUUUCAUAUGUACAGAGUGUGGAAAAGGAUUUACAGAAAAGUGUAUUCUGAAAAGUCAUGAAAGGAUUCACACAGGAGAAAAGCCUUUCACGUGUACAUGUGGAAAAAGUUUUACACAUAAGAGUACUAUGAAAAAUCAUGAAAGGAUUCACAAGGGAAGAAACCUUUCACAUGUUUAGAAAGUGGAAAAAAGGUUUUUAUUGAUAUCUGAUAUCACAAAACACCAAAUAUUUACACACAAAUAAACUCUUAUAUGCACAAUGUACAAACAUUUUUACAAUUAUCCUAAAGAGGGCAAGCUCUCUAAAUAGAUGCAUCAAAAAAGUAUGAUAUUUUAAAUAUUACUUUCUAAAUCCCAGUUUGACUAAGGGUUGAUAGCCUGAAAUGUAGUCUUGUAUUUUGUACCUGCUCCUGGUAAAAAGCAAUAAAGAAAGUUUGAAAUAAUUGGUUGUGCUGCCUUUCUUUGGAACUUUUGAGGUAUUACAAGGUAUGCAGUAACCUUUUUUGACGUGCACAACCUGACGGCUUGAGUGCUGGAACUCAUUUGACAUUAAAUCCCCAGUUAUAAAAGCUCCAGAUUGGAAGUGCUCUCCUGCUGUCCUUUGUUCUUCUAUAUAUGUGCAGCUCAGUUUCUCUCAUAUAAAUGUGAUAGAAUCCAAACACGACACAGAUCUAUCCUCAUACUGACCAGUUUACACAACCAUUCACCACCAAAGCACCCCCAGUGUUGUUUAUUAAUAUGCCAGUGUUAGGAGUUGUACGUUUUGAUUUACAUAGGGGAGGAAAUAAUUACAUUUACAGAAUAAAGGAGUCUUUAUAUGCAUAGAGUGUUAGAGAAUUAUAUAAACAAGGACAUCAGUCUCAAAUGAUUGACAUCUGGGAGAUAUAUUUAAUGUGCACAUCAUGUGGAUAAACCUUUUCUUAUAGCAAUAGAUGCGUAGCAUUGUACAUGUUAUAUAACAGAGGAAUUACUGAGGGGAAACUGAUUUUAUUUCAUGAGACACAAUAUCAGUAACUGGUACAUACGUGAUCAUAAUCAGUUUAAUUUAAAUGGCUACUAUAACCUACAUGUAUACUGGGUAUGUAAUAUGUGUGUCAUGUGAUCAUAAUCAGUUUAAUUUAAAUGGAUACUAUAACCUACAUGUAUACUGGGUAUGUAAUAUGUGUGUCAUGUGAUCAUAAUCAGUUUAAUUUAAAUGGCUACUAUAACCUACAUGUAUACUGGGUAUGUAAUAUGUGUGUCAUGUGAUCAUAAUCAGUUUAAUUUAAAUGGCUACUAUAACCUACAUGUAUACUGGGUAUGUAAUAUGUGUGUCAUGUUCUGUAACUUGAUAUUAUGUCUGUUAGAUGUUUUCAUGUUAGUUAGAAGCCACAAGAACUGAUAAUAGCACAUACUGUAUAUAUAAAGGGAACAUUAUAUGUCUGAUAAAUCCCUUUGUAUCAAGAGCACAAGUGUUAGGUAUAUUUAUACCAUUGUGUGCAUAUAUCAUGUAAUGCUGCUGUUUACUAUAUAAUGAUAUACAAUGUUUUUUCAUGCAAAUAAAAAGUGAUUUUAAUCCAGA